AUGAAAUCUUACGAAGAAAAGCGCAGAGCGCUUCACGAUGUCACCACGCAGGUCAACGACAACCUCCGGCGCGAUCAAAAGCGAAUCCACCCAUAUAAACUGCACCCGAAACGUCUUCGUCUUGACGUCACGUCCAACGAUGACACGGAUGAUGACAACACAUGUGUUUCUAAUAAGGAAAACUUGCCUCCCGGGCCGGCUGAGCACUCGGACGAUCUCCUUAAACAGCAUUUUGACCGGUUAGCCACCGGAUCAACAAAAUUCCACGAACUGCCGGGCCUCGAUGAAUUUGGAGGAGAGGAGUUUGAGGAGUUGGAACCGGACCACCGCCUUGAAGAAAAGGUGGUAGCGGGCCAGGAGCGCCAAUUGAGCCAAUUGGGCGAGUCAGAGCAGCUCAAACCGGGUCUUCUGGACCCAUUGGACAAGGUUGAUUUUACUUCAGAAGGCGCCGCCGAUUCCGAUGAAGAAGUGUCAUCCACACAACCCAUGGAACCCAAAUGGAGCAAAGCCAUCUUCAACGAGCUCCAAUAUGUCAUGAGAAAAAUGACAAGAUCGACACUUGACGAAAAUGAUGAGGACACUUACGACGUAACCAUGGUGGCUGAAUAUGCCCCGGAAAUCUUUAAUUACAUGCACGAGCUUGAGCACCGGCUCUUACCCGAUGCAUACUAUAUGGACAGUCAGGAUGAACUCAAAUGGGAGAUGAGAAGUGUAUUAAUUGACUGGGUGGUUCAAGUACACAGUCGAUUCAACUUGUUACCAGAAACGCUUUUUCUCACUGUCAAUUAUAUCGAUCGGUUCCUCUCCAAGAGAAAAGUGAGCCUUUCCCGGUUCCAACUUGUUGGUGCGGUUGCUUUGUUCAUUGCUGCAAAAUAUGAAGAAAUCAAUUGUCCAACCGUACAAGAAGUAGCAUACAUGGCAGAUAACGCCUAUCUGGUGGACGACUUUCUCAAGGCAGAGCGGUUCAUGAUAGACGUGCUAGAGUUUGAUAUGGGAUGGCCAGGUCCCAUGUCGUUCUUAAGAAGAACCUCCAAAGCCGAUGACUACGAUUACGAAACCAGAACCCUUGCCAAAUACUUUCUUGAGAUCACUAUCAUGGACUCACGAUUUGUAGCAUCGCAGCCCAGCUGGCUCGCAGCGGGGGCACACUAUUUGCUGAGGAAACUUUUGGGCCGGGGAUCUUGGUCGGAAGCUCAUGUAUUUUAUUCCGGGUAUACGGAAACUCAAUUGCGUCCAUUAGCAGAGGUUUUGUUACAGAAUUGUCGCAAUGCCGAAACUAACCACAAGGCCAUCUUCGACAAGUACCUGGAGCGCCGAUAUCGCCGGUCGUCGACGUUUGUUCAAGAGUACUUUGAUGCCGUAGAAAGGUGA